UCUUCAGGGUUCUGGGCGUCACGGUACAGCUGUGGUAUGUAGUCCAACAGUACUUAUCAGUUUGUUGAUUAUCUCAUUGAUGAAUUCCGGGUUGUUUGGUUGACCGAUUUGUUUGGUUGAAAUAGGUAAGGAGUCUUCUAGGGUCCAAUAGUCACAGGCAUUGCGAUCGAGAGAUUAUGCUUGACUGAUCAUCUUGACCGAGCAUCGAGAAAUGAUGAACCCGUUGCCCGAGCCAAAUCGCAGCUUUCAGUGAUGACUCCCUGCAGUUCACAAAUCACAACGUCUUCUCUCCAUUCGGCUCGCCCAUCGUGAGCUGCAAUGAACCAAAUUCGAGCAAUCCAGGCGCUCAACAAGCGCGAGAUUGAGGAUGGCAUCCCACCCGAGGCGUCGUGGCACACCGACUACCGCGACACGGCCUUUGUGUACUUUGGCGGUCUUCCCUACGAGCUGUCAGAGGGUGAUAUCAUCACCAUCUUCAGCCAGUUCGGCGAGCCCGUGUUUCUCAAGCUUGUGCGCGACAAGGAGACGGGCAAGUCCAAGGGCUUUGGGUGGCUCAAGUACGAGGAUCAGCGCAGCACCGACCUAGCCGUUGACAACCUCGGCGGCGCCGAGAUUGGUGGCCGUUUGAUCCGCGUCGACCACGCGCGCUACAAGGCGCGAGAUGACGACGACUUGGACGAGUACAGGGUCGGCUGGGAGGAUAUGCUGCGCCGUGAACGGGCCGAAAAGGGUCUGCCCAGUGAGGACGAGAGCGGCGACGAGACGGACGAGGACAAGGCGCGACGCGCGCGGCCGCUGAUUAAGGAGGAAAGAGAGUUGCAGCUGCUUAUACAAGAGCAUGAUGACGAAGAUCCGAUGAAGCAGUUUCUCAUUGACGAGAAGAAAAAGGAGGUGGAGGAAGCACUAAAGAGGGAAGCCAGGCGCUCCGAAAGACGCAGCCGGAAGGACAAGGACAGAGACAGGGAUCAUCGCCAUCGAUCACACCGGUCGAAGAGAGAUGAGAGCGCUCACGAACGGCAGGGCCGGGACAAGGACAGGCACAAGUAUAGGAAUAGGGACAGCCCUGAGAGCGCACGAGAUCACCGGCGUAGGAGGGAUGAAUCGCCGUCGAGAGACCGAAGCGAUGAUGACAAACGGGAAAGGCGUCGCCGAGAUUCGUCUUCUGAGGACAGAGGCCGAGACGACAGACACGACGGAGACCAGCGGAGAAGGGACGGCCACCACCAAAGGGAUGAGCGCAACGACUAUUACCGAAAGAGCCAUGGCGAUCAUAGGCGCGACAGCCCAGAAGAUACAAGCCGCCGGAGGGAACAUCGGCAUCGCGAUCUAGAAGAUCGCCGACGUCGGGAUAGGGAUAGUUAUCGGAGCAGAUCACCACGGUCUUAUGGAGACUAAAAGAACCCAUUGCGAGGUCGCUAGAUUGUAACACUACAUUGAUACCCACAUAACCCCCAGAUAGCUCCCGAAAGAAAAGUAAAGCCAGCCGCUAAUGUUGACUACAAACCC